AUGCGCGCGACGACAGGAAACGUCACGGCGGGGGCGCCCGGGAUCGGGCGUCCCAGGAUCUCGAAGAACCGCAACACGCGCGUGCGCGUCGCGGGGAGCAGGGGAAAGGCUCCUCGCGACGCCCGUGAGCUGUUGAGCGGCCUUGCGGCCAAGGGGCGCGUCCCGGGCGCCUCGACGCCGCUCGGCGGCACCCUCGUGCAGAAGAAGAUCGCCAACGAUAAUGAGGCCCGCCAGGCUCCCGUGGCGGAGGCUCACAACGGCACCCCGGACGCCGCCGGUCUGUUCAAUCCCGAGAACGACCGCGACGCCUGCGGCGUCGGAUUCAUCGCCCACAUGGACCGCAAGCCCCACCGGUCGUGCGUGACGCAGGCCCUGGAGAUGCUCGUCCGCAUGUCGCACCGUGGCGCGUGCGGCUGCGAGGAGGCGACCGGCGACGGCGCCGGCAUCAUGCUCUCCAUCGACCACGAGUUCUUCUCCACGCUCGCCAAGGAGGGCCUCGGCAUCGACCUCCCGGAGCAGGGCAAGUACGCGGUGGGCAUGGUGUACCUCCCCAAGGACGCGCAGGAGGCUGCCACGGCGCAGCGCGUGAUUGACGAGACGCUGACCAGCCGCGGCAUGGACGUCCUCGGGUGGCGCGACGUCCCCGUCGACGGCUCCAUGCUCGGGAAGUCGGCGCUCGACGUCGAGCCCACGAUCAAGCAGCUCUACGUCGCCAUUCCCAACGCCGAGACCACGGUGGAGAGGGACCUGUACGUGGCGCGCAAGAUGGCCGAGGGCCGCCUGAGGAGCGAGCACGGCUGGGGCGAGGACGACGUCUACUUCUGCUCCCUCUCGAGCCGCACCAUUGUGUACAAGGGCCAGCUCACGCCCCAGCAGGUCUCGGAGUACUACGCGGACCUCCGGCGCCCGGACUGCAAGGCGUACCUCGCGCUCGUGCACUCGCGCUUCUCCACCAACACCUUCCCGAACUGGUCGCGCUCCCAGCCGUUCCGCAUGAUGGGCCACAACGGCGAGAUCAACACGCUGCGCGGGAACAAGAACUGGAUGCGCGCGCGCGAGGGCAACAUGCGCCCCUCCUCGCUGCACCUCUCGGACGACGAGCUCAAGCAGAUCCUCCCGAUCGUGCCCCCGGAGACGUCGGACUCGGGGUCGUAUGACACGGUCCUGGAGCUGCUGGUGCGGUCGGGGCGAACGCCCGCGGAGGCGAUGAUGCUGAUGAUCCCCGAGGCGUGGCAGCGCAACGAGAACAUGGACCAGGCGCGCCGCGACUACUACCGGUUCAUGUCGGCGGUGAUGGAGCCGUGGGACGGCCCCGCGCUGGUGACGUUCACCGACGGGCGCACGAUCGGCGCGACGCUCGACCGCAACGGGCUGCGCCCGGGGCGGUACUACCAGACGUACGACAACCGCAUCAUCAUGGCCUCGGAGGUCGGCGUCGUGGACAUCAAGCCCGAGGACAUCAAGCACAAGGGGCGCCUGCGCCCGGGCAACAUCCUGCUCGUGGACCUGGAGAACGCGCAGGUCGUGCGCGACAAGGCGCUCAAGUCCGGCGUCGCGGAGGCGUUCCCGUACGGCGAGUGGGUCAAGCAGCACACCAUCACGCUCGAGGAGUUCGCCAGGGACGCCGGCGUGGACCUGGCCAUCCCGGAGCUGGCCGCGCCGCAGACGCUCGAGGACAUCCAGGACGAGAUGCGCGCGUUCGGGUUCUCGCGCGAGACGCUCGACGUGCAGCUCCUGCCCAUGGCGCGCACCGCGAACGACCCGCUCGGCUCGAUGGGCAACGACGCGCAGCCGGCCUUCAUGUCGAGCCGCCCGCGGAUGAUUCCGGACUACUUCAAGCAGCUCUUCGCGCAGGUCACGAACCCCGCGAUCGACCCCAUCCGCGAGGAGGUCGUCACGUCGCUGCGGUGCAUGAUCGGCCCCGAGGGGGACAUCACGACGCCGACGCCCUACGCGGAGCAGGCGGGGCGGUUCGAGCUCGAGCGCCCGCUGCUGACGAUCCCCGAGCUGGACGCGAUCAAGAAGUCGAGCCCGCGCGGGUGGAAGACGCAGGUCAUCGACACGACGUGGGACGUGGCCGAGGGCACCGCGGGCAUGCGCAAGGCCAUCGAGCGCGUCUGCCAGGAGGCCGUCGACGCGAUCCACGCCGGCAACCGCCUCAUCUGCCUCUCGGACCGCGCGACGUCGCCCGCGCGCGUCGCGAUCCCGCCGCUGCUCGCCACGGGCGCGGUGCACCACCGCCUGGUCCAGGACAAGCUGCGGACGCACGCGGGCAUCAUCGUCGAGUCCGGCGAGCCCCGCGAGGUGCACGCGUUCUGCUGCAUGGUCGGCUACGGCGCGGACGCGAUCUGCCCGUACAUGGCGUACGAGGUGCUCAUGCGCGGCGCCGACGAGGGGCUGGUGGCCAAGGACGCCACGCGCGCGUCGGUGGUCGACAAGUACCUGUACGCCGUCGACCACGGCAUCCAGAAGGUGCUCUCGAAGAUGGGCAUCUCGACGCUGCAGUCGUACAAGGGCGCGCAGAUCUUCGAGGCGCUCGGGCUGGCGCAGGAGGUGAUUGACGUGUGCUUCGUGGGGACGCCGUCGCGCAUCGGCGGCGCGGGCUUCGAGGGCCUCGCGACGGACGCGCUCCGGCUGCACGCGGACGCGUACGGCGAGGCCGUCAGCGACGCGAUCCCGCACGUGGGCGAGUACUUCCACCGCCGCGGCGACGCCGCCAAGACCGACCUGCACCUGAACGACCCGCGCGCGAUCGCCAAGCUCCAGGAGGCCGCGUCGAAGAAGUCGUACGCCGCGUACAACGAGUACGCCAAGGUCACGAACGACCUCGCCAAGAAGAUCACGCUGCGCGGGCUCCUGGAGUUCAAGAGCGUGGGCAACAAGCCGCUCCCGCUCGACGAGGUCGAGCCGGCCUCGGAGAUCGUGAAGCGCUUCGUGACGGGCGCGAUGUCGUACGGCUCGAUCUCGCUCGAGGCGCACACGACGCUGGCGCGCGCGAUGAACCAGCUCGGGGGGAAGAGCAACACGGGCGAGGGCGGGGAGAACCCGAAGCGGCUGAUGCCGCUCCCGGACGGCUCGCAGAACCCGGAGCGUUCCGCGAUCAAGCAGGUCGCGUCGGGGCGCUUCGGCGUCACGGCGCACUACCUCACCAACGCUGACGAGAUCCAGAUCAAGAUCUCGCAGGGCGCGAAGCCGGGCGAGGGCGGCGAGCUCCCGGGGCACAAGGUCGUGGGCGACAUCGCGGAGACGCGCUCGUCGACGCCGGGCGUCGGGCUCAUCUCGCCCCCGCCGCACCACGACAUUUACUCGAUCGAGGACCUCGCGCAGCUCAUCUACGACCUCAAGUCGGCGAACCCGUCGGCGCGCGUGAGCGUCAAGCUGGUGUCCGAGAACGGCGUCGGCGUCGUCGCGUCGGGCGUCGUCAAGGGCCACGCCGACCACGUGCUCAUCUCGGGCCACGACGGCGGCACCGGCGCCGCCAAGUGGACGUCGAUCAAGGGCGCCGGCCUGCCCUGGGAGCUCGGGAUCGCGGAGACGCACCAGACGCUCGUCGCCAACGGCCUCCGCGGCCGCACCGUCCUCCAGAUCGACGGCCAGCUCAAGACGGGCCGCGACUGCGUCAUUGGCGCGCUGCUCGGCGCGGAGGAGUUUGGGUUCUCGACCGCGCCGCUCAUCGUGAUGGGCUGCAUCAUGAUGCGCAAGUGCCACACGAACACGUGCCCCGUCGGCAUCGCGACCCAGGACCCGCAGCUGCGGGCCAAGUUCGAGGGCGUGUCGGAGGACGUCGUCAACUACUUCUUCAUGGUGGCCGAGGAGAUGCGCGAGAUCAUGGCGCAGCUGGGCUUCCGCUCCGUCGAGGAGAUGGUCGGCCGCGCCGACGCGCUGCAGCUCGACCCCGAGGCGCAGGCCGCGAACCCGAAGCUGGCAUCGCUGGACUUCUCCAAGCUGCUGCUCGACUCGCGCACGCUGCGCCCGGGCGAGCCGAUGGUGUGCGUGCAGAAGCAGAACCACGACCUCGAGUCCUCGCUCAACCACAAGCUCAUCGACCUGUGCAAGCCCGCGCUCCCGGACAUGGUGAUGACGCACGAGGGACCGAAGCCGCGCUCGGGGCGCCCCGAGGACGCGCGCGUGCUGCCCGUCGCGCUCGACCUCCCGAUCGUCAACGUCGACCGCGCCGUCGGCUCCACGCUCUCGCACGAGGUCACCAAGCGCUUCGGCAAGCCCGGGCUGCCCGACGGGACCAUUCACCUGAAGUUCAACGGGCACGCCGGGCAGUCGUUCGGCGCGUUCACGUGCAGCGGGAUCACGCUGGAGCUCGAGGGCGACGCGAACGACUACGUCGGCAAGGGCCUGUCGGGCGCGAAGAUCGCGAUUUACCCCCCCGCGGGGAGUAAGUUUGCCGCGGAGAAGAACAUCGUACUGGGCAACGUGGCGCUGUACGGCGCGACGAGCGGCGAGGCGUACUUCGCGGGCGUCGCCGCGGAGCGCUUCUGCGUGCGGAACUCGGGCGCGAUCGCCGUCGUGGAGGGCGUGGGCGACCACGGCUGCGAGUACAUGACGGGCGGCACCGCGAUCGUGCUGGGCACGACGGGCAAGAACUUCGCGGCCGGCAUGUCCGGCGGCGUCGCGUACGUCCUCGAGGAGCCCGACGAGGACUCCCCCGGCUUCGCCAAGCUCUGCAACAUGGAGCUCGUGGACCACUUCAAGUUCGACGCCGACUCGGCGGAGUUCGGCAGCGCGGACGCGAGCCAGCUGCGCGCGCACAUCCAGCAGCACGUGCGCUGGACGGGCUCCGAGAAGGGCAAGCGCAUCCUGGCGAACUGGGACGAGUACCUCCCGAUGUUCACCAAGGUCUUCCCGCGGGACUACCGCCGCGCGCUGCGCGAGGCCGCGGAGAAGCUCGCGAACGACUCGGUCGCCAAGGGCCUCGCCGCGCCGCCGCCGACGGCCGCGGACGCCCCCGCGGCCCCCGCGACCAACGGCGGCGGCAACGGCGCGCCGGCGUCCUCGGGCGACCCCGCGCGCGACCUCGAGACCCUCAAGGCCCGCGCCGUCUCCGGGCAGUCGGUGAGCGGCUUCGCGGCGACCUGGGAGGCCAGCCGCCCGCAGAUCGUGCCGUCUGGCUCCGCGAACAAGGCGCGCGGCUUCCUGGAGUACAACCGCAAGGCCCUCGACUACCGCGCGCCGGAGGAGCGCCUGGGCGACUGGAAGGAGGUGCAGCAGCACUCGACGACGCGCACGGGCGACGCCGCGGACCAGCUGCACACGCAGGCGGCGCGCUGCAUGGAGUGCGGCACGCCCUUUUGCCACCAGGACCACACCGGGUGUCCCGUGAACAACAGGAUCCCGGAGUGGAACGACCUGGUGCACAAGGGGCGCUGGCAGGAGGCGUUCAACCGGCUGAUGGAGACGAACAACUUCCCGGAGUUCACCGGCCGCGUGUGCCCCGCGCCGUGCGAGGGCUCGUGCGUGCUGGGCAUCAACCAGGACCCGGUGUCGAUCAAGUCGAUCGAGUGCUCGAUCAUCGACCGCGCGUACGAGGAGGGCUGGAUGCGGCCGCGCCCGCCCGCGACGCGCACGGGCCUCAAGGUCGCGAUCGUCGGCUCCGGGCCCGCUGGCAUGGCCGCCGCGGACCAGCUCAACAAGAUGGGCCACGAGGUGCACGUGUACGAGCGCGCGGACCGCAUCGGCGGGCUGAUGAUGUACGGCGUGCCCAACAUGAAGGCCGAGAAGACCGAGGUCGUGCAGCGCCGCGUCGACCUCAUGGCCGCGGAGGGCGUCAGGUUCUUCACCAACGCACACGUGGGCCAGAACGUCGACCCGAAGGCGCUGUACGCCGAGUACGACUCGGUGCUGCUGGCCGCCGGCGCGACGAAGCCGCGCGACCUCGCGAUCGAGGGCCGCGACCUCGGCGGCGUGCACUUCGCCAUGGAGUUCCUUACGGCCAACACCAAGAGCCUGCUCGACUCCAAUCUGUCGGACGGGAAGUUCAUCUCGGCGGCGGGGAAGAAGGUGGUGGUGAUCGGCGGCGGCGACACGGGCACGGACUGCAUCGGGACGUCGCUGCGGCACGGGUGCGCGUCGGUGGUGAACCUCGAGCUGCUCGACAUGCCGCCGCCGUCGCGCUCGAAGGACAACCCGUGGCCGCAGUGGCCGCGCAUCUACCGCGUGGACUACGGCCACGCCGAGGCCGCGCACCGCUUCGGGAAGGACCCGCGCCGCUACCACGUGAUGACCAAGCGCUUCCUGGGCGACGGCGAGGGCAACCUGCGGGGCAUCGAGAUCGUGGAGGUGCAGUGGGAGAAGGACGCGGAGACGGGCCGGAUGAACAUGAAGGAGGUCCCGGGCUCGGAGGAGGUCCUCGAGGCCGACAUGGCGCUCCUCGCGCUGGGCUUUUUGGGGCCGGAGGACCGCCUCGCCGACGCGCUGGAGCUGUCGCGCGACCAGCGGUCGAACUUCGCGGCCGAGUACGGCGAGUUCGCGACGAGCGUCGAGGGCGUGUUCGCGGCGGGCGACUGCCGCCGCGGGCAGUCGCUGGUGGUGUGGGCCAUCAACGAGGGCCGCGGCGCUGCCGACAAGAUCAAUGCGUUCCUCAAGGCGAAGAAGGGCGUGCAGCACGUGCCGAACGGCGUCGUCGGCGGCAUCGAGUCGUUCGAGGGCGCCGGCGCCGCGCUCUGA